UGGAAAUAGGGAAUUUGGCGCAUGCCUAUGAAAUUCUAUCCCGAGUCUACUGUACAUUCUGACCUAGUGUACAGUCAUCCCUAUUGUAGUUGUUGAAGAUAAUGCUCAUAUGAGACACAUUGGCGGAACUAAUUGCUCUACAGCAUUCGUCUGGCAUCGCCAGGAGUAGAGUCCGCUUGACAUGGCCUCGAAUGCCUCGAGUUCUGAAACUCCAAAUGAACAUCGAACGCUGCACCGCCGCAACGACAAACAGUGCUCUGUGCUAGCACCAUUGCCGACCACAACGGUUGUCCAUCAUCAUCAUCAUCAUCCUGGCACAAAGCCAACACACGGGCUCCUGGGCGUAUGGCCCGCAAACGUUCCACAUUCCUCAGAAUCAUUGUCGCUUGGACCAUCACUCUACCCCACACCUACCCUGCUUCGUCUACCAAACAGUCGCACCUGUGUCGCAAGCAUUGGUGGUUCCAGCAUCAUUCAUUUUCUGGUUGUGGGACCGUCAGUCUCAAGUCCCCGCCGAGGUACACUCCCGCAGCGCGCUGCUAGAAUGUUCAAAAUGCACCCCGAUGGCGAUCGCGCUAACCAACCGCUGCCAAAUCUUCUUCUCCUCCUCCCGCCAACGCAGCCAACACGACACAAACAGCAUAGUCCGUCGAUCUUCACAUCUCCACGGUCGAUCAAUGCUGUCCGCAAGACUCCAAAUUGACAUCGCCGAGAUUAUAUCCCAUGCUUGUAAUGAACGAGAUUCGAUAGUUGGCCAUGGUGUACACACAAGAAUAGUGAGGGAGACAUUCGCAUCUAAUCGCGUCCGGAACAACUACGUCUCACGUCCUCCUCGUCGUUCACCGAACAA